CCCAGAAGAAUCAUCACAUCGUUCUUUUCAAAACGUUAAAGCUGUUCCUUUACAUUUAAAUUGUAUACUUAUCAUCGUUGCUGACCCCUCUCUCUCUCUCGUAAAUCUACGACGAGAAAUUUGAAAAGAUGGAUUCGUUAACCCAACCACGGAUGGAAAUUAGUGAUUUACCAAUAGAGAUUCUCGAGAUUAUUCUCGACUAUCUGACAGUGGCCGAUCUAAAAAAUGCUUCUUUAGUGUGCCGCCAGUGGUCGCACUUGGCAUUUUCUGGUCGCAGAAUGGAUCACAUCCGCUUUGUAGUACAAAUACAAAAUCAGGAGAAUAAACCCCUCAGAGAAGGUCAACGACAGUAUCGUCAUAUUGGGUUAGGAUGCGGCAGUGCGGAUGAAAAUAUUCACAUAAAGUUCAUUCAAGCUAUAAAGGGUUUUAAAAAAAAUGUAACCAGCUUGGGUGUCCGCGGGGAAGUUGAACUCUCGCAAAUCCAGCACAUCUUACUCGAGGUUCCAAACCUGAAGGCGCUAUCGUUCGUAGGAUUGGCUCUCAUACGGCGCUAUGAAUUUGAUGGUAUUUUGAUGCUGCCGGUGUUCCACCAACUAUCGAUGACCAAAAAUCCAUAA